CAAAGACCUUCAGUCCCUGAAUUCCGACAGACCUCGUGCCCGUGCCACCCACCCACCCCUUAGUUACAGCGAUGUCAACAUCCAGUUUGAACCCUCCGCCAGCGUGCGUCGAUUUCCAUAUUCUCGAGCAACAGUGGCUUUGAGUUUUGUUAAACUGAAGAUCUGCCACUGAUCAAACCCUUGUGUCUCUCGAGGCUCUGCUGCAACAAGCCCCAGUCUUAUCUCAUUUUCAAUGGCGGAGGGACGGCAACAGCCACCUGAGCAUGUCUACCUGGACAUCGAGCACGAGGCUCACUACAGCGAGACAGCGCCCUUGAAUCCUUCAUCAGCAGGACCUGCGCUCGACUUGUCACCCACCACAGGCAAAAUCCCAAUAUGGUACGAUUUGUCCAACGUCCGCUCAUACGGCCGUUUCAGCGUCCUCGGCAGCUUGAGGAGACUGGGCUAUGCCUUGAUCCCAAGCUUCCUCACCACGCCGUCGGCCACCAUGCCAUCCAAGAGCGGCAUCUCCGCGCUCGACGGCCUCAGAGGAAUAGCCUGCCUGUUUGUGUUCGGCGAACACUAUGUCAUCUGCUACCAGUCUCGCGCCACGCAGGUCUGGAUCAUGAGAGUGCCAUUCAUCCGCCUGCUCUACUAUGGCAAGGCAGCCGUGUUUCUGUUCUUCGUCAUCUCCGGCUACGUGCUCAGCUGCAAGCCUCUGAAACUCAUCCGAGCCAAAUCGUACCCGGCAUUCCAGAAGUCCAUCUCCUCCAGCUUCCUUCGCCGCGGCAUGCGUCUGUACCUGCCAUGUCUGAUCGCCAGCUUCAUCGCAUGCAUCCUCACGAUCAUGGGCGCGUUUGACCAUUCCACCUUGAUCUACAAGCACUUCAAAGAGUUUGUCUUCUUGAAGGAACGACCGCCUCCACACGUGUCGCUUUCCGAGCAAUGGAAGGCGUACACUGCAAACGUCGAAUUCAUCUUCAGCGCGACCAUCCCCUUCGACAAAGACACCGACGUCCUUCACUACCACAUGUACGACGACCACCAGUGGACCAUCCCGAAAGAGUUCCGCAGCAGUAUGGCAGUAUUUGUCCUGCUGGUGACAACGUCCAGGAUGCGGAGCGCCUUCCGAAUGAUGACGGUUGCGGCGAUGACCGUUUACGCGAUCAACACCGGCCGUCUGUACACGGCCCUCUUCUUUGCAGGCGUGCUCUGUGCCGAGCUCGACCUCGUCCGCCAAGCGUACUACACGCGUGCCAAAGAGUCCCCCCUCUCCCUACCGCACGAGAAAUACUCGUCCGAGACAACCCGUUUUCACUCCUCUGCUUCUUCCCGGCUCAUCGGUCGACUAAUGCACCUACCGAACAAGGUCUACAAAAUCAUGUGGAUCACCUUAUUCACGCUUGGCGUCUACAUGAUCUCCUCGCCGCAAGAAAUCCAAACCACAAAGAAUUUCCUCCCCGCCCUGCUCGAGAGCUGGGGCGUCACCGGUAACAUCGACGACAAGAUCUUGACCUGGGGCUCGAUCCUCGUGGUCUGGAGUGUGGCCACAUGCCCAUCUCUCGGCCCUCUGUUCAACAACCCCUUCGUCGCCUAUCUCGGCAAAAUCUCCUACGCCCUGUACCUCGUCCACGGCACCGUAAUCAAAUCAAUCGGCUAUGACGUCCUGCCCUGGACACUGCGCAUGGCCACCGGCACACCCAAAAGCGUCGAGAUGAACCUGGAGUGGUGGCAGACCGUCCCGGACUCGCGAAAAGUCCUCGCAUACCUGUUGGGUCUGUCUAUUGUCGGGACCACGUGUUUCUGGCUUUCGGACUUAUUCUGGAGAUUCGUCGAUGUUCCUUGUGUCAACUUUGCCCGGACCGUCGAGGUCUGGCUCACAAAGGGUGCCGACGCUGACAACAACGACAACAUGAUGUAUGGGAGACGGUCAACAAGCUCUGGUGUCCACCUGCAGCCAGCAAGUGCAAGUGCAACUCCUUCCCACGGAAGCUCGAGCGAACGGUUCGCCAACCCUGGCGGUGCAGGCGAGCUAGGGCUGGCAAUAAUGCAGAAGGGUCAAAGUCCCAAGAGGAGGGACUAGGAUACUAGGAUACUAGUUAGUAUAGGUCUUUGUUGGAGUUGGACGGUGAAGGGAGAGGGGGAGUUGCCAGUACAUUUCGCAAGAUGCAAGACUUGUAAGCAUGAUUCUCUUUGUCGACUGCCCUUAGGCACGGAGUACAGCACGGCGUACAGUAUCAUUGGCAUUGGUAUUAGGCUAGUACAUUUUCUUGCAUAUCGCCUGUAAACAGUGGACGAGUGAUGAGUGACGAUGAUGGUGCUCUAACUUGGUCACUCAAUUUCAAUUCGUUGCGGUCCCAAUUCGUUGCUCAAGUGUAUAUACCUAGGUAGGUAGGUAGUACAUAUCUCAUUGUUCUUGUCAUUAA